UCCCAUUCACAUCAAUAAACCAAAAAACAUUGCUUUUCCCUUCAUUAACCAUUCACAAAUCUUCCCACACCAAAUCACUUGGUCUUUACCACCAAGGCACCAACAACAGCAACAAAAACCAAAACAAACCCAUUAAACAAUAAAGAAAAAACCCACUUCUCCAUUUCUUUUUCCAUUCAAGAAACAUUGGCAAACCAUGGAAUCAAUGAUCUGAGAGGAAAAAAACAGAGAGAGAGAGUAAAAAGACCAAAAUUUUAUGCUAAUUAUGUUAGGUGGUGUACAAAUUGGAGUAUUGGCAGCUUGUGUGGUGUUAUUUGUGCCAAUGGGAAUGGCAGGUUAUCAUUUAAGCCGAAACAGGAUGUUGUUUUUCAGUGGUGCCCUUUUCAUUACACUUGCGGUAGGUGUUCAUUUGACUCCUUAUUUCCCUUCUGUUUCUGAUUUUGUUAGUUCAGUUAAAUCUGUUGUUGUUUAUGAUAAUCGUGAGGAUUCUUGUAUUAAUUUAGUUAAUGAAGUUGUUUGGGAUGUUAAACCUCGUAUUAUUAGUAGUAGUGGUGAUGGUACUGUUGAUUAUGACAAGAUAUGGGAUUGGUCUAAAAAUGGGAAGGUGAAAGGUUGUGAUUUUGAGAAGUUGGGGAGGGGAGAUGUUAAGGAUUUGCUUAAUGGGUCAUGGGUUGUUGUGGCAGGGGAUUCGCAAGCGCGGUUGACUGUGCAAUCUUUGUUAAGUUUGAUUUUAGAUGAGAAAAGGAUGGGAAUGAUUAAGGGGGAUUUGUAUAAGAAGCAUAGUGAUUAUGAGAUUGUUGUGGAUGAGAUUGGUAUGAAAUUGGAUUUUGUUUGGGCUCCGUAUGUUGUUAAUUUAACGAGUUUGAUGAUGGGGUUUAAGCAGAAUAGAACUUACCCUGAUGUUUUGGUGAUGGGAGCAGGGUUGUGGCAUAUGCUUCAUGUGAACAACGCAUCGGAUUAUGAUGUUGCAUUGGAGAAUUUGAGGAGUUCAGUGGUUUCCUUGUUACCGUUUUCACCAGAAUUGGAUACGGAUGGGCCUGUGACGGGUUCUGUGUCUGUUAGAUCUCCUCAUCUGUUUUGGCUUGGGAUGCCAAUUUUGAUAAAUGGGAUGUUGAAUACAGAGGAGAAGAGGGAGAAGAUGAAUGAUGAAAUGUGUCGUGCUUAUGAUAGUGCACUGCAUAAUAGUAGGCUCUUGCGCAGAUAUGGUGGUCCUCUUCUGUUGUUGGAUAUUCAAUCGUUGAGUUGGAAUUGUGGACCGCGGUGUACAAUUGAUGGGAUGCAUUAUGAUGGAACUGUUUAUGAAGCUGCUGUUCAUAUUCUGUUAAAUGCAUUGCUUAUUGAAUCUCAUCAGAAGCUUGGAUCUUCAUAGUUUUGAAUUUGAAUAAAACUGAACAGCCCACACUGGAAAGACAAAAAGACUUUAUGGAACUAAUCUAGAGUAGUAGAUCAACAAACACAGGAGGCUGAUUUUUCUUCUUGUAUUGCAUCUUUAAUCUGUUCCAGGUUUGUAUCUUUUGCCUUUAGAUUAACUCAGGAGUAAGUUUUUGUACUAUUACUUACAUGUUGAGAUUCAUUUUUUCUUAUUUCUCUUUUUAAGGUGAAUGAAUAUUGAAUACUCUCAAUACAUGUAUUCUAUGGCCAUUACAGACAUGAAAGAUUUGUAUGGAAAGUAAAUAGAUGGUUUUUUUGGCACUACCAGCAAUUAAA